AUGUCUGUGGAGGAUAUGACUUUCCAGCCAACUGACGUGUCUCCCAGGCCCAACAAUGAGAGGUUCUACCAUCAGUACCAAGAUCCCCGGGCAGGGCCUCCACCUUGGUCAGAAGCCAGAACGGAGUACUACCACCCAACGUACCACCCACAGCUCCAGGACUAUGUGAGACCAAACUCCAGGGCAGAGUAUUAUGAGAACAGUUAUCUGAACAGGCCGUACUCAAGGCAAGGUUAUGAAGAUCUGUAUUGGAACCCUGUGGAAGAUUAUUCCUACGGAGGUUAUCAAAGAUACCCCCAAAUGCUGCAGAGUGACACAGGUACUACUGUCUCCGUAGAAACAAAACCAGUUUACAAGAUGAUUGUUGUAUAUGGCUUGAUGGGGGCAUAUCCAAGGCAGAGAAAUAUGUAUGGUGAAUAUACAGAUUAUUGGAAUCAGAGUUAUUACAGAGAUUACCAUCAGGAGGAAAGCAGUGGAAUUGUCCGGCAUGACAACGCAACACCGAUUCGAUCUAAAAAGCAUGAGUCCUAUGAAGACCAGUAUGGCACUAAGGAAGAUCACUCCUAUAAUAUCAGUUACGGCUCUUCUUUGCAACAAGGAUUGAUCCUGAAUGAAAUGCAAGGGAGUGUCCUGGAGAAUCUUGGGGCUCCAGCACACGAGGCUCUGGCACUUGAAGAACCAAGCCUGCUUCAACAGUACAAAGAAUCUGGCCUCAGCUCCAGCACUUAUGAGCUAAGUCAGUACAUCUACGAUGCUUCCAGUCUGUAUGAAACAACUCCCUCCAAGGACUGGAGUCCAGUCCAAACAGAAGAUCUACUGGCACCCCAGAAGUUUCCCUCACCCCACGUACCUGUCUGCUUUGGAGCCGGAGGGCACCUGGUCCGAGGAUGUCCUAGUUACCCAGCAGAAGGGCAACCUGCCCUUGUUGAAAUACACAGCCUGGAGGUUAUUUUACAUGACACUGCUGAGCAGGAGGCUAUGCGAGUCUUCCCAGGACCUCUGAUCAGGGAGGACCUGCACAAGGUGGAUGUGAUGACGUUUUGUCAGCGCCAAGCAGCCGUGGGCUGUGACCUGGCAUCUAACCGGGGCCGAGAUGCUGCCUUGCUCUGGAAACUCCUUCUACUUCUUUGCCGCCAGAAUGGGUCCAUGGUGGGGUCAGACAUAGCAGAGCUACUAAUGCAAGACUGCAGGCACCGGGAGAGGUACAAAAGACAAGAGCCGGUAGCCAAUCUGAUCAGCUUGACGGAUGAGGAGUGGCCGGUGCAGGUCUGCGGGACCCCAGACCUCCUCACAGGGGAGAUAGUGCCAAGUGCUGGCACACCGAAGCAAAAUGUGGAGAAGUUCACCAAACUCCUCUUCUAUGGGAGGAAGCAGGAAGCACUGGAUUGGGCCAUGAGGAACCAGCUGUGGGGCCACGCUCUUUUUCUAUCCAGCAAGAUGGACCUGAGGACCUACAGCUGGGUCCUGACCGGGUUCACCAGCACUCUGGCCUCCAAUGACCCUCUGCAGACGCUGUUCCAGCUCAUGUCUGGUAGAAUCCCCCAGGCAUCCCUGUGCUGUGGGGAUGACAAAUGGGGAGACUGGAGGCCGCACCUGGCCGUCAUCCUGUCCAAUCAGGUGGGAGAUGCCGAGCUGAACCACAGAGCUGUUGUCACCAUGGGAGACACACUGGCUGGGAAGGGGUUAACGGAGGCCGCUCACUUCUGCUACUUGAUGGGGAAUGUCCCUUUUGGUCAUUUUGGAGUUAAAACGCAGCACCACAUGGGACUGCUGGGCAGUAGCCAGAGCCAGGCCCUUGCCCAGUUUGUAAGGUUGGAGGAUAUCCACAGGACUGAGAUCUUUGAAUACUGCCAGCUGCUGGGGAGCCCCAAAGCUUUCAUCCCCCCUUUCCAGGUAUACAAACUCAUUUAUGCCACUCGCCUUGUGGACUAUGGCCUCACUGCCCAGGCCUUGCAUUAUUGUGAAGGAGCUGGGAUGGCGCUCCUUGCCCAGAACGGGAACACCAACCCCGUCCUCCUAGAGCAAGUUAUCAAGCUGGCAGAGCGGCUGAAACUCUCAGACCCACGGCUGCUGGAGAGGCCCGAACAAGAUGCUUCUUUAGAACCAGAUUGGCUCAUGCAGCUCCGAGCCCUACAUCAGCAGAGCGAGGAGGAAGGGAGUCUUCCUGGUGCUCCUUCCACCCAGCUGGAGCGUGUAGGAAACAGUGGAUCGAUACCAGGGGGCGCUCAGGUAUCUGGUGCAGUGUACCACACCGGCAGUGAACAGAACUCUAUGGAAAAGCAGUACAUUAUGAAGGAGAGGAAGUCUGAACUCUUUGUCCAAAUUGACUACGGCUUCAACAUUUUCAUGACAUUACUCCCCAUUGAAUAA